CGAUCAAUCGUGCAUGUCCCCACACCCUCACAACCUGAGCUAUGGAUCGCGGGGAAACGGCCUGUUGCGGAAGCCUCGCCAUGGUUGGCUCAGCAUUAACUGCUCACCGCGGACGGAUAACAGCCGGGGCUGAAAACGAGCUCAGAAUUCAGAAAGCCUCAAGUUCGGACCCCUCAUCACACACCCCAUUAACUACCACCCGCUCACUAAAACCAUCCCACACCGAUUAGUAGCUGGCAUCGCAACAACUCGAGAUGUCGACUCCAGACGAGAAUCGCAGCAAUGGAAACGUGCAGUGCAAGGCGAAAAGAGCGGCCGAUGCUAUGCUCCAGUGUGCGGAAAAGCUGGAGAAGAAGUCGAAGAAAAAAUCUCGCUUCGCGGAGGAAGUUCUCAAGCCGGCUCGCCUUAUACGCGAGUCUCGAGAUCCCUCACGACAAAGUCAGCUAGGUGCACAAGAGCUUCAGGAGCUUCGGGGUCUGGUAUGCGAGUUGGACAAAAAUCAUGGGACGACCUGCAAGAGUCGGAAAGCUAGCGAAGCUCUUCAACCUUUCAUCGACGGAAUUGCCCGCUACACUUCGGUUAUGGAUACUCUCGUUCAGAGUGAUCCCACGGUUUCAGCUUUGGUGUGGGGAGGAGCGAAAUUCAUCCUACAACUCGCAAAAGAGCAUGCACAGCACUACGAGCAACUCACAGACUUCCUGGAAAGGUUGGGGCCUCACCUGAACUACCUCGGCUCAUUAUCGAAGACCUUUGAUUGGUCAGACGAAUUGGCGGGCAUCUUGAUGAAGUCCUACGAGGAUGUGCUGCUUUUCUUUGAAGCGGUUUCCAGGAUUUACGAACAAUCGGGUUUCAAAACCUUGAUCGUCGGAGUCUUUUCGCCGUUUGGCAGGCGAUGCACACAACUCACGGAACGACUAGAAAAGAAUCUACAGUCAGUGCGGGAUUCUGCCGACGCUGCACACUUUCAUACGACGAGAAAAUAUGAAGAAGACAGAAAGCAAAAGGCUAUCAACCAAUGGCUCCAAUCUCCAAGUAGCGAUUCGCUUUACAAGAAGUGCAUCGCCAACAGGCACCCUGGAACCUGUGAGUGGUUAUUCGAUGAUCCGGCUUUCGAAAAGUGGGAGAAGGCCACAUGGCAGAGUGAGCGAAACGAAAGGGUGCUCUGGAUCCACGGUCCUCCGGGAAUUGGCAAGACCUUCCUAGCUGUUUCCGUGGUUGAGAGAUUGAAAUUGUCGGAUACCCAGAAGGUAGAUCGAAUGGGCACUGUGAUUUACUACUUCUUCAGAGACGAGAAGUCGAUGGAUCCCCAGCAGCCUGGGAAAGGCAGAUUGAUAUCGUUAUUACGAAGCCUCGCCAGACAACUCGUGGAUAGUAUUCGAAACACUCGAUCCCACGAGUUGCCGAAAGGGAUCUGGGAUAUCCUCGAGGAAAGUGGUGGAGGGUGUCUAUCCGAUAUCGAGUUGGGUGUGAAAGUGGUGCAGGUGCUUCUUGCCAUUCUUCCCCGAGUUCAUAUCGUGGUCGACGGCUUGGACGAAUGCACCGAUCGGGACUCUCGAAUGGACCCCCACUCUCCGGCCUGGAAAUCUCCGAAAAUGCUCCCAUGGAUCCUAGAGAGACUGGUUCAGGAUAUUGAGCAGCAGCAUGGUACCGUCAAGUGGUGCUUCAUGAGUUGUCCAGAAAACGACCUAUCCACUCUAUUCCAGAAGGUAAAAGCACCAAGCAUACAGGUUAACUCCCAACGCACCGCAGAAGAUGUCUGCUCCUACUUAAUGGAAUCCUGUAACAACUCGCUACCCCCCGACACCGAUAUUGAAGCGCUUGGCGUGGGGCUGGCCAAGUGCAUAUCUGCUUGCAACUUCCUCUACGCCAGACUGACCCUGGAAACCCUAUUAGGGUACGGGGUCCCAACUCGUGAGCAUUUAAUGAAAGCGCUCUGCAGUUACAAUCAAGAGUUUACUCCACGGUAUCUCCGAGGAUUAAGCCUGCUUGCUGGCAAAAGCCCGAACGAGAAGGAGCUUGCCAGGAGGAUACUCGCCUUUGUUACGGUAGCUGAGAGGCCGCUCACUCAGAAUGAGCUUAUCGAUGCACUUGCCGUCGAUUUUACGGUACCACCCGGCGCAGAAACUUAUUCCUACGAUCGCCGACCGAAGCCGGAGAAAUUCGAAGAGCUUUGUGCUCCAUUGCUUGAGCUUGAUCGGACCACCAAUUACGCAAACCCGAUCGUACGCUUCAUUCACAGGACGGCCCGCGACUUCUUGCGUCAAGAACCCGAGAAAAUCACGAAUUUGCCUAACGAAUGUCGAGCUUUCUUCGUGAGUGAAGAUCAAAGACAUCUCGAGUUCGGGCGGGUUUGUCUAGCCUAUCUUUCUCGCCGAGAACAUGCACAUAAAACGACACCAGAGCUGAUCGAAUCACUUCGCAAUAACGACGAUGACUACGCAUUUCUGAAGUACGCAUCCAUAUUCUGGCAUCAACACUUGAAUUCAAUACUCGGAACAGACGAUGUUUUCAGGGCGAUCACAAGAUUCGUGAGAUCAUCCAAGUUUCUGACUUGUAUCUGGGUUCAAAGUCAGUACGCACCGUACCAACUAGCACGGUAUAUGAGGGACGGCAACAGGGGCGGGAUAUUUUGUAUCAACACCCCCGAGGAUGUUUACUCGCUCGCCCCUGGUUCCUCUCAGUAUUUCGCAGACCCUCUUCCAAAAUGGCUUUCCGAAUACAAUGAUGACGGGGCGAAAUUGGUCUACGGCUGCCAGAUGUUUAUCAGGGAGUUUGGGCUGGUCCUUCUCCGUCGGCGGGGAGGAAUUCGUCACUGCCACCCAGGUUCGCUUGGGCAGCUUAAUUUCCUCCACACCCAAAGAUCAGAAAGAUGGAAGGCACUGGCUCUAGAGGAACACAGCGAACGCGUGGGAGGUCGGAGCCCCGUGAACCACUCAGAAAAGCACCUCUUUUCUGUUCAGGCUUCGCCGACAGAGAUCACUAUAUGGUCAAUCGUGGUUGAACCGGACGCAAAACCCUCGACGAGUCUCCGUUGUUCUGUCAAAGAGUGGCAAAUCUCUCUCACCCGAUUGAAACCCAAGUUGAGAAGAGAAACGAAGCUUGUAUUUUCUCCGAAAUCAUCGGACGCUACUUUCCAAAGGGCCUGGUUACAGGUUUCAUCCGACACAUUUGCCAUCCAUUCGGAUGGUGAAACAAUCUUCUCACUCGGAUCCGACUCGCUUGACAUCUUCCGGGCAUCAUUCAAUUCGGAAUGCAUCCGUACGGUUAACGGCGAGAUACUCACACAAAUCAUGCUCGCACACUCCCCCGAUGGUGGAAAAAGGAUGAUUUUCCGCAACAAACAUUAUGUGAGCCACGGCAGCACUUCUGCAACUUCAUACUGUUGGUUGAAGUUUGCCGGAGACCAACUGCAGGAUGGUGUCGCAAGCAAUAUUUGUGACGAUGAUUUGUCCCCUGACGCUUUCGAUAUCGAUUCCGAUACAGCUGAGUCCGAUUCCUAUUCCGAUUCCGAUUCCGGUUCCAAUUUCAAUUUCAAUUCCGAUUCCGAACCCAAUCUGGAAUUGACAGACGACACGGGAUAUUCGUCUGACAGCGAUGAUUCCAGUGCCACUGGCCUACCGGAGAAGUAUAUCUCGUGCAAUAGUCUCGUCAUCUCUCCCGACGAUCAAGAUCCUCAAUGGUUUCACUUCGAAACGACAGAGCUGCCAUUAAGACAAUCGCCCCCGACCUUUCAUCCGACAAAGAGUUUUGUUUUGCUUCCAUUGGAUGGUUCGACGACGGUGGUCAUCGACUAUUCGACGGGUAAAAUGAAGAACGUUAACCACUCGAAGGAUCCGGAAUACAACGGUGCUCCUGUUGCAAGAGUUUACAGUUUCUCGAGCUCCGGAGACAUGUUGCACCAGGUCACAACCACCCGGGACUUCUCAGACGGCUUUAAAUGGGACAUUGAGAUCAGUCGCCUCGAGUUUCUAGUUGAUGAGUCGCUAGAUGUCGAAACGGUCUCUCUGAGAAGCGAAACAAAGUCACACGUCUCCUGGAUCUCGCCGUAUCGGAAUCCCUUCGAAGUCCCCGAGCAUCCGGAGCUUCCAUUCAUGCUCUCGUGGAGUGAAACCCACCUUUAUAUCGUCUUUGGGGCCUGUGAAGUUUACAUCUGCCGAAUUCUUCUCUCACAUGGGGACAACGAAACUUGCGAAAACGUCGCACCCAAGGUCGAAGUGCUGCAAGAACCGGCAUUCUUGCCAGCAUCAACCACCGAACGCUCGUUCUCCUUUCUUCCACAAAUGCGUGGGGGAAAGGAGUAUGCAUUGUUCGCAAUCUGUGGGAACGCCGAAUUACCCCCCGCGCUUAUCUGGAAGGACGUGGAAGCGGACUUGGGAGGAUGGAAAGACUACAGUGGGACACAUAUCGGACAAAGUGAGGACGCGGAGAUUGAUGAUAUGAAGGGGCGAUAUUCGUGCAAUGCACUGACUUUUGAUGUUCCUAUUCGGUCGGGGCUGGAGUGGAAUACGAGGUAUGAGGUUGUUUGCGGAGGAGGGUAAUGGGACGUGGAAUAUCUCGAUGACUUCGAUUUGCGCAAAGGCACCAUGGUUUGCUGGUUAGGUGGGGAAAUUGAGUAGUUCUGUGGAUGGAAUGGGGCAGAUUUGUAUAUAUGGUGGUGCACUGGUUUUGUGCUCUGUUUUUUUUAUACAUAAUGACACUCAUGUACCAUGGUAUCGGAGGCCUCCAUAAAAAUUCGUGCUAAAGACGGCCUGUUCGUCUGCCAGC